UUUUCCUCCGGUCGGACUCGGAAAGUGAAUAAUAAACCACUCCUAUACCAUUCCUGCGCUCGGUCCAGCCUGGUGACGUCAGCACUUCUGGAGCAGCUCAGCCAAUCACGGCCGCUCUCUAUAUUUUAACAAUAACGAAUAUGGCGAGUUCAGCUUGGCAUCUCUCUCUGAAAGUCAGCGACAAACCCAAAGCACUGUUCCAGUUUCCAGAUCCUGAACCUGGAGAUGUUCAUCCAGGAGGAUAUCAGGUGUCCACGCUCAAGCAGCUGAUCUCAGUGCAGUUAUCAGACUCUCUGCCCGACCCCGAUCUCAUCGAUUUUGUGCACUGCGGCUGUGUGCUGAAGGAUGAUCUCACACUAGAUUCGUACGGCAUCAAGUCUGGAUCAACUCUGCAUAUCAUCAAGAAGACGUGGCCGGAGCCGGAGAUCCAGCCUGAGCCCGUCAACAGAUCUGCAGCCGCCAGAGAGUUCAGGAUGCUUCAGGCCGCGAUGCUCUCCAAUGCAACAUACAGAGAAGCGGUGUUUAAGAUGCUGGCCAAUAAAGAGUCGCUGGACCAGAUCAUCGUGGCAUCUCCAGGCCUCAGCUCAGACCCGGUCGCAUUAGCUGUGCUUCAGGAUAAGGAUCUGUUCGUUCAGUUCACAGACCCAAACCUGCUGGACACGUUGAUCAGGUCUCACCCGUCGCUGGUUAAUGCCAUUAUAUUAAUCCUGCACUCAGUGACCAGCAGCUCCGGUCAGUCCAGCAGCGGCUCCUCACGCAGCACAGCGGCCAGUUCAUACAGCCAGAUGCCCGGAGGAUUUCUGUUUGAUGGCAUGUCAGACGAUGAAGACGAUUUUCAGUCGGCCAGCCGUGGCGGCUCCUCGUGGCCCCUAAGAGCGUCUGGGUCCAGACCGGGGACUCUUGCUCACAGCGGAGCCAUGGGGCCUCGACCAAUCACACAAAGUGAACUCACACACGCUCUCGCUUUAGCCAGCACACCUGAAGCCGGCGGCACUGCUCCAGCACAGGAUGGGUCUGCGGCUGGAGCUCCGGUCAGCAGUGGUCUCUUCAGCCACGCACUGCAGCAGGCACUACAGGCCUCUGGCGUGAGCUCACUUCAGGUGACUACACACACACACACACACACCAUCACUAAUGCAGCAAACACAACUCUUAUUCACCACUUUGAAAUCUGUUAUACAGCAGGGGGCACUGUUAUGCGUCUUAAAGCCACAGUUCACCCAAAGACAAAUGAUUCAGGUGAACCGUGCCUUUAAGAAAUGCAUGUAUGUGUCCGUGUGUGUGUGUGCAGCAGGGCCGCUGGCAGCCGCAGAUGCAGCAGUUGAGGGAUAUGGGCAUCCAGGAUGAAGAAGUGGCUCUGCGCGCUCUGACCGCCACUAAUGGAGAUCUGCAGGCCGCGCUGGAGCUCAUCUUUGCAGGAGGACUCUAGUCUGACACACUUUAAUUUGACUCUUUUUUUACUUUUGUCCUAAAUAAAGCUUCAUUUCAGAA